AUGCCGUCCGCCGACUCCCUAGCAGAAUGGGCCGCCGAAACGGAACGGACGGCCGCUUCGUCCACCGCUGUCUGGAGUAAGGGACAGAAUGCUCGGUUACAGCGAAUGCAGGAUGCGAGAGCGAGACUCGAAGUUUCUGAGGAAUUACACGCUGAACUAGACGCGCUGACCACAGAAUGCAUGCGUCUGGAGGACGAACGAGAUUCAUCAGAAGCUAGACUACGCGAAUUAGAAAUAACCUUGCAGAUCGAGAAAGAGAAGAUACAACACCUGAAGAGGACGGGGGGAGAGGUAAUUUAAGAAGAAUUGUGUAUGGAAUCGACUACGAUCUACUUCCAAUAAUACGGAGGUCCAGUUCGGUAUUAUGGCGAUAGAUUUUUCAUCACUUACCAUAAAAAAAAAUGUUGUCACACAGGUUUUUUUUGGCAGUUUGAAAUUCUCUCAUUCUCACUCUCAGUAAGUGUCCAUCUUCACAACUGCACCAGGUCCCGUCUUCCAGCAGUCGUGCCCACCAAGAGCACUUUGAGGAGCACGUUGGGGUUUAUUUUGACACGAUUUCCAAGCGUCUCGGUCUCUCUAUCGAUGUCGAGCAUGACGCAUCUUCCACGCUCUUCGGAAACGAACAUUCAGCCUUAAAUGCCAGUCAUUCCGCAUCAUCAGGCGCUACGACGUCUUUCGGCCUCAGUGCUGCAGCAUCGCAGUUACUGACAGAAGAUACCUGUCGUUAUCGUCUGACAUUCACAAACCUCGGGUUUGAUAAGACAAGGUGUUUCUGCGCAGUGAUUCGAUUGGCGCCAUCGUUGCAGGUGUUGGAGGUGGAUCCACCUCUGGAUGGAGGGUUUCUGAGUGCUCUGACACGGUCGACCGACAGUAAUGAAAUGUCACUAGCGAAGUUCGUGGUGGCAUUGAGAAGAGCCUUCUUGGCGAGAUAUCACUGAAGAUGCGAUUUUUUGCGGAUUCUGCUGAUGCAAGCUGCUGAUGCAAGCACAGCCACAUCUAAUGAUCUUCGUUCUGCUACCUAGUAUGGGACACUUGGUCACAUUUUUGUGAGCACAAGGAGGAGUAU